AUCGUCUCUUGCAUUAAGCGCCCGUAGCCAAGGAGCUACACGUUUUCAUUUCAUUCGCCAAUACUGACAGGCUCGCACGAAGCCUGGUAAUGAUUCCAACUCGCCACGUUCAGGCAGACAGCAACUGGGCCGUUCUUCACGCUAGAAAGGUAUACUGCUGCUGUGGUGGGAUUACAUUUUAUGUGCGGACUUUCUUAGUAUAGACUCGCCACUUUUCAUAGUUCAACCACUUGAUAUCAUAAACACAGUGAGCAGGAAGUUCUAUGCGUUAAAACAGAGGUAAGAGUGCAAUGCCGAUUGAAGGCAGCCCCUCACACGGAUAUGCUGCCCACGGGUCUACUGCUGCCGAAGACAAAAUGACCGCAUGGGCCUUGGCCGGAACAGAUGAUAAGUGGAUCUAAUCAUCGCGGACGCUUCAUGCCUUCACAAUAAAUUAGCGUCUUUGUUUUCGAAGCCAGUCCGAUAAGAAGAGAGUGGUCCGUCAGAAUGAGUUCUCCUAGUCUGCUCAUUACUGGUACCAUUAAUUCAACAGUGGCCUUGCCUGUGAAUAGUAGCAGUGUCAAUAGCACAAAAGUUGACCUCCGGGAUGAAAAUUUGGCCGUGAUUGAAAUUGGCGUUCAAGUUUCUAUAAUUAUCCUAGCAGUCAUCGGCAACUCAGUUGUCAUGUUGACGCUGAAGUUCAGAAAGAAAAAGCUGUCAAGAAUGCAUCUCAUGAUUGUUCAUCUCAGCUUGGCAGACUUAUUUGUGGCUUUCUUUAAUGUACUACCUCAACUCGCCUGGGAUAUUACAUACAGAUUCGUAGGAGGAGACCUACUUUGCAGGCUUGUGAAAUAUUUUCAAAUUGUUGCUAUGUACGCCUCGUCAUACGUGUUACUGACGACAGCCGUUGAUCGUUACUACGCCAUCUGCCGGCCUCUUACCAGCGCAACAUGGACUUUCGGAAAGAUUCAAAAACUUGUCAUGGUAGCGUGGUUUGUCUCCCUUGUUUUUAGCAUACCCCAAGUUGCGAUAUUUUCCUACAGGGAAACUGCGCCAGGAACGGGAAUCUACGAUUGCUGGGGUGUUUUCGAACCAGAGUGGAAAUUACAACUGUACAUUACUUGGAUUACCCUUUCGGUUUACAUCAUUCCCACCCUAAUUCUAGCUCUGGCGUAUGGAUGCAUAUGUCAUUCGGUUUGGAAAAGUGGGAAAAUGGCCCAGACACUUACACCAAGGUUUACUCUUCAGAAUUCCAGAGUUUCGGGCAAAUCCAAUACCAUGGACAGUGUAUUAUCAAAAGGGGUGCUUGAAGAAAACGUCCAGCCAGUGCAAAUGAAGCCACCAGUUCACGGGAUAUCAAGAGCAAAAAUGAAAACAAUCAAAUUGACAAUGACAGUUAUUAUCUGUUAUUUAAUCUGCUGGUCGCCGUUUUUCAUAGCGCAGAUGUGGGCGGCGUUUGAUCCUAAUGCUCCAUUUUAUGGUCCAAUCUAUUCAAUUAUCCUGCUCCUCGCCAGUCUCAACAGUUGUACCAAUCCCUGGAUCUACGUGGCCUUUAGCGACACCGUCUGCAGCGAACUGAAGAAGCUCUUUGUCCGACAAAACAGAGGCCGGAGAGACGACCAGGUCCAAUGUGUUUGUGUUAGUUGUUUUAGAACUGCAGACCCACGUGCCAGCUACCGUCUCAGCCAAAGAUGUGAAACCAACUAGACAAUGUACAAUACCUGCACAGACACAUGUGGCAACACGAUGUCGUAAAAUGGACCUUUUCAAGACAGCCAACCUGUUCAUUGUCGUAAACAUCAUAUAUUACUAAUUCUUACUUGAUAGAUAUGCAUUGAAUUGUUGAUCACUGGAUUAUCUGAUCCAGACUCGAUCAUUUACAGACCGCCGCCAUAUAGCUGGAAUAUUGCUGAGUGCGGCCUUAAACAACACUCAAUCAAUGUACAUUUAAGCUAACAAUAUAGGUAGGCAUGAAGAAGUAAGAGAAGAGAACAUGGACAAUGUACAUAUUUCACUUCCGUUCACGGACAAUAUCCAUGAAUGUUCAUAAUUCAUUUGUACCAUAAUCUCAUGCUAACAUUUUCAUUUUGUAUAUAUUGAUAAUUUACUGCAAGGAGUGUUAGGUUAAUAUUUCCAUAUACUCAUGUCUUGAAUAGGAAAGAGGAAUUAGUGAUAUGAUUACAGAAGUAAUCAGUGUAAAUGUCAGAAAACCUCUUGAUGUCAAUAAUCUGAGCUCUCAUUAAAUGUAUUGCAACAAAUCAAACAUCAAUGUGAAUUAUGUGUGUGAUAAUUAGAAAUAAUGUGGCUGUAAUCUCAUGCAAUUGAACAUGGACCAAUCAGGCUUUUCACAUGUAGAUGGGAAUAUGCACGCUGCCUGUAAUUUUGUAAAGGAUAUUAAUGAUUGUAUAUAUGCAUGUCACGCUAGGGUUUAGUUGAUUCAAGUUUGAUUUUGAACUGACAUCAUUUUGAAAAAGAGGAAUAGAUGUAUGUUAUUUUGCCAGUUUUCACUAACGGAUCAAAUAUUUAAUUAAUCAAGUAUGUCCAACAACUAUGUACUCAGCAUGUAUAUAUAUGGCUGCCACAUAAUUGUCUCAAUCAGUCUUGUUCAUUCAUAUUCAAUGUGUGUCCACGGACACUGGAUAUUCCAGUAAUCGCACCUAGUUGAUUUCAAUUUAACUGGUUUGUGAUCCUGAGCUUGGCAGUGCGGAGCCCAAUUCGACAAGAAUGGUGUGACUAAGCUAUUGUUAUAAAGUAAACCCCUCACUAUCGAUACCAUUUUAGAGGAAUUUCCAGGAAUACUGACAUCAGUUAAAAAGCAUGACCGUAGCACUGAUACUUGGUUAAUGCUUCGAGCUCUAAAGAAAAGAAAAUAUUUUGACACAUGCCGCAUACCACUAACUUUCAAAGGUCAUGGCUGUCUGGUUUCAACACAAUGGAACGUAUUUAUGAGAGGAACCAACUUUCACAAGACAUUGGCAUUGUGAUGACCCUUGACGCACAAGCGAUGUAGUUUGGGUGCCGGGAAAUGGCCUAUCAUUGAUUUUAAUCAAACCUGUUUGUGUUUGAGAACAAAGCAAACUGAUUUUGGACGCUGUGAUUACAUCGGAUCAAUUCUUACCUUUCCUAAUUUGAUCAAGCAACAUUUAUAAAUGCACAAGAAGGAACGUGUAUUGAAUGAGAAGAGCCUUGAGGACUUACAGAAAUAUAGUGUUGCAAAUCUUCCGUUCAACAGUAUUAAUAUUAACGACUGAUUCGAUGAAGCAUUCACCAUGGGAAUUUGUAGUUACCCUUGAUGUUUCCACAAAAUGACUGACAAAGAGCAGAUGUCAGAAUAGGUCGGAUUUAAUAAAGCUGUUUAUAAAACAUCUUUGAACUCCCCAACAUAAGAAACAUUCACAUAGUGGAGUGGUACACUGAAGUCUUUGUCGAUGUACAUGGCGUUCGGUUUCGUUCUCUAUUGAGUUCAUAAUGAAGGAUAAUUACAUACACACAUUUUCACUUGGAUGUGUUUUAGGUAUGAUUAUAUUCUCUCUUGGUAUCUAUUCAUCAGUUUCCAUUGAUUGCAGUUGUGUUUACCGUGUUUAACAUUUGCAAGACUUUACUCUUCGAUUAAUAAAAUAAUUCUGUACUA